GGUGGCGUCGCGAUGCCCUGAUCGGCAUAUCUCGUGUAGACAGCAAACUCGCGGCGCUCGGCAUCGUAUACUCAACCUCGAACACCUUAUCUACGAUUGUGAACCACGUGAAACGGAAACGGAGCUACAGUUUCGACUCCCAAGGGAACAUCCACCUCGAUACAUCGUCUACUUCGCUUCUAUAGCAACAGGACAGAGUUAAACGGAAAGAGAACUUUACAAUGAAGAUUAGGACAGGUUUGUUAACGUCGAGCAUAGCUUUUCUUUAUUUGAUCGGGAUCGUGGAAAGACCAGUUUUGGCGAUGGAAGAAGCACCGCCUUAUUCCACGAACCUUCAUGAUUAUAAUGCUAUGUUGAAUUCUAUGGAAUUUGACGACUCCGUGCCUGACAAAAGAGCUUAUACUUACGUUUCCGAAUAUAAGAGGCUACCAGUGUACAACUUUGGUAUUGGGAAACGUUGGAUAGACACAAGCGAUAACAAGAGAGGACGCGACUACUCGUUCGGUCUUGGUAAACGCAGGCAAUACAGCUUCGGUCUAGGGAAACGAAACGAUAACUCGGACUACCCUGUCAGAUUAAACAUGGACUAUCUCCCCGUGGAUAAUCUCGCUUAUCAUUCGCAAGAGAAUUUGGACGAUCUUUUGGAGGCGAAACGUAGCAGGCCCUAUAGUUUUGGAUUGGGUAAGAGGGCGGCUCAUCCGAACAACGGACAGCCGAUAGGACCGAAGAGACCGAACGAUUUGAUGAGCCAGAGAUAUCACUUUGGCCUUGGCAAGAGGCUGCCCGAAGACGAGGAGAAUUCGUCGCAAUAGGACUCUUCGCGAAGGAUGUCUUGCUCGACGAUCCAUUUGAAUGGUGUCGCCGACGUUUAUGGCAAUGUAGCUCUAAUUCGAUGUCGCAGAGUUUUAUUGUCAGACGAAGUAUAUCGAUAACGCAACAAUAAAGACGCGUUUGAAAGUUUCAACGUCUCUUACAUCUUGUUCAGGCUUUGCGUUUCAUUUUUAUCAUCUACCUAUCGAAUUCUCUUUCUUUACGUCUGAUAAUAUCGGUGGUGGUUUUUAAUUUGAUCGAUGUUAUAUGAGUAAAAGUAACCGCAGAGCUGGGUGGAUCGUUCCAUCGUUUGGACGACGGUUGAAUCGAAUGGAAAAGCGGCGUGUCAAAGUUGGGCAAAUGUUAUUUGAAACGGAAAUAAAGGAGCGUAACUUGAGGCGAUGCGUCGAUUUUAAUUAAUUGUUUUCGUUCGAACUUUAUUUUCGCGAGAAUGAAUUUUACCUUAUGCCGAGAUAAUACUUUUUUAUUUCAAUCAACGCUUUGGAAUGUACCAAGGAACGAUUUAAAUACUGUCUCUGCGUACAUUUAAAUUAUACCUUUGCAUGCAUAUACAAAUAACAAAUCCAGACUAUUUCACGAAAUAAACGUCAUCUUGCUUUCCUCGUUUCAAGUCCUCCUUUUGAUUGUAUACUUGAAUAAUAAACGUGUACGAGGAAGUUCGUGUCUUCGGUACAAUUUGCCUAAUAGAAUCAGAAAUCAUGCGAAAAAUUACUCUAGAAAAUAUUUACUCGAACAAAUAUGGAACAAGGUAUGAUCAAAUAAUUCGGAGAAGAAUCAUAUUCAUCUUUGAAUACGUCGAAGCGCAAUUAUUUAAGAAUAAUUACAAAAUUGAUCUAAAAAGGAAAACAUGUUAUUUAAACGAUCGAUUUUCAGAUAUUUUAUUUAAACAAUACCUAAGAUGUCGAUGUGGUGAUUAUUUUUGUAUGGCGAUGUUUGGCUCGGCUUGGUGGUUAAGGCGUUUGUACGAAUAAAAUAUGUUUGAAACGAUCGAA